AUGAAGAAAAGGAAUUUUAAAGUCGUUGUAAUUGGUGAUAGUAUUGAUAUUUUAUUUAAUCGUUAACCCUAGGUGGAGUUGGCAAAUCUACAUUCAUUUCAGCUCUAAUUAAUGAAAGCUUUAAUAUGAAUACUCAUAUUGAUCAACAUAUGCCUAUUCAAUUACCUCCAGAGAUGUUCAAUCAUCCAGAAUGCAAUACAACUUUGAUUGAUACGAAAUGUCUACCCAACUAAAUUCCAGAAUAAGUGAAAAUGGCAGAUGUCAUACUCUUAAUGUACUCAAUUGAUGAUGAUGCUUCAUGUGAGAGAUUAUAGAAUUUCUGGCUCAAGGAAUUGAAAGAAAAGGAGUUUCAAUAGCCAAUCAUAAUAGUAGGUAAUAAACUUGAUUUGAUCAAUCUUGAGGAUGGUAGAGAAUAUUGCAGAGUUUUUAAAUUCAUUAAACAAUUGGUAAAGGAUUUCAGUGUAAUAAAUUUAUAUAACAUAGAAAGUUGAAAUAGGAAUAGAAUGCUCCUCAAUUAAGUUUUAGGGUGUUUAGGAUGCAAUUAAUUGUGCCUAAAGAUCUUAUUUAUACCCUUUGUCUCCUUUGUAUAGUUUAGUAAACAAAUAAAUUACAGAAGGCUUCAAAAAAGCAUUGACUCGUAUUUUUCGAAUUUGCGAUGAAGAUGGAGAUGGUGUAUGGAGUGAUUAAGAAUUAGAACAAUUUUAAAAGAAAGUGUUUAAAAGGCAACUAAAUAAAAGCGAUAUUGCAGGAAUUAAGGAUAUGAUCGAAGAGGAAUUGAAAGAUGAUUCAAAUAAAAAAACCUUUAUUACUUUGCAAGGCUUCAUGGUUCUACAAAAGAGAGGAAUAGAAUUGACGAAGAUUUAAAUUAGUUGGACUAUCCUUCGUUUUUUUAAUUAUAAAGAUGAUUUAACAAUUGAUGAUUCUAUUUUUCAGGAGGAGUAUUUAAUUUAAUAGAAAUUCUAGAUUAUUAAUAGAUUAAGAAGCUGGGUAAACAGUGGAAUUAAGUGAUUUUACUUUAGAAAAACUAAAAUUAAUUUUUGACCUGAAUGUUUCUACUUUUACUCAAAAUUAAUUUGGAAGUAUAUUCUAUCCUGUAACUUAUCAAACUAGUUUUCCUCUUCCCUAAUAAUAUCAUCCUCAAUCACAAGAUAUUGAUUUAAAUUAAUGGUUGGCUUUGUGGAAGUACUUUUGAAAUCCUAUUUUAGUGCAUUCUCUUUUUUUAAUUACAGAGAUACUUAUAAAUUACUAACCUAUAUUGGAAUUGAUAUUAAAAUUUAAGAUGCUUUCACAGAGCAAAAUAAAAAAGAUUCAUGGGGUUCUGUCUAAAAAAUCAUUAAGAGAAGAGUUUUUCAUAUAGCUAUUGUUACUAAAAACAAGAAAGUAGCUAAUUAUCUAUGUAAAUUAGAAAAUCUUAGAAGAAUAAUUGAAUAAUAUAUCACCGAGAAUAACAACAAUAAAUUCUAAGACUUAUGUGAUUAGCAUUUACGAUGAAUAAUAGGCAGAAGAGUAAAUUGAGAAAAGGAGAUUGAGCAUAGUUGAUUUCUUAAUAAUUGAACACUCUUGCUAAUUUUCAACCCUCUAGCUUAUCCCAUUUAUAAUUUUAGAGGAAAAUAUUUCAAUCUGGACAUAAAUUUCUAAAAUUGGAGAAAUUCUACAUUCCCAGUAAGAUCAUUUUAUUAUUUUUUAGAUCAUUUGGGUAUUCGGAUAUCCAAAUUUAAUAAUUAAAAUCAUUUGAUAGCAUUUCUAUCAUUUAAGUGGCAAGUGGAUUUGCUCUUCUAAUAGGAUUAUUAAGUAGUGGAUAUUAUUAUUUCAAAAACUAAAAGUUUAAAAAAAUGAAAUGA